AUGGUGGGGAUCGAUGAAGAAGCUGACAUUGGCGACAUUCAGGACUUUCCCGAGGAUAUCACCAAAGAAGAUUUAGAAAAUAUAGGUGAGGAGUUAAACGAGGAUUUCAAUCUAAAUGUAUCGCUCACAAUCUUAGACACAGAAACGGACGAACUCAACGCUGAGUUUCUUGAAGCCGUAACAGAAAUUGAAGGCAAGAGAUAAUUUCCUUGCUCGUAUUGCACUAAAGUUUGUAAGUCGAAAGGUGGCUUAACAAAACACACAAAUUCCAAACACCACGAAGCAAAUGUCAAUGUGCCAACUGAAUCAGACAAAGUUACAGAAGUCAAUCUUUUUUCAUUAGAAAAUCUAGCUGGCAUUGUCGAGGCAAUCAAAGUUCGUUUGAUCGCUGAAGACUUGUAUGGUCCUGAGAUAAAUAACGCCAUUAAAAAUGCCUCUUGCAACAAAGCUUUUUUUUAUGCUGUACUGCCGUUGUAUGAUAAAUUUUGUCGCAAAAGAAACCAAGACAAAUUAUUUGAAGCAUUCUACGGAUUGAUCCCUAAUUCGAGACAAUAUUUAAAUUGUCCAGAUUCUAACGCUGUGAAUUUAAUUAUGAUAGAGAUACCAGAUCAUUUAGCUGGAUUUUUCAAGGUUUGCCAACAUCGUGAAAAGGCGGCAGCUAAACCAACGGGAAUGACUACAACUAGUGAUUUAAAUCUUGACCCAUCAGAACGUGGCCCUCUUUCCUACGUCGCAGGGUAUAUAGUUUCAAAGCUAUACCAGAAGACUAGAUCUAAGAAUCAGAAUGAAUGUGACAAGGAAUUGCAAGCUCUACUACAGGCCUUAAAGUCGACUGAAUCAGACAAUAAUUUUAUCCUUGCUCGUAGCAGAGGAGGUCUUGUUUCUCCUAGCCAUGAUCUUAUGGGUAUCGUGGAAGAAGCCGAGAUUUGCUUCAGGAAAAAUGUUGGUGAAGGCGAACUAGUGUUAAGAAAUAUACCUACCGAGAUCAUUUGCGAGUCAACAUUAAGCUCUCCAGUCGUCAAAUCACUGUGGGAGAGCAUUGUGCUGGAAUCGCAUAGAAGAAUCAAGCUCUACGCAGAAGUUAUGCUUGGAAAACAUUGUGAAAUUGUAUAUUCGUGUUCGCUCAUUUUCCUAUGCAAGGGAUUAUAUUGGCAAAUAUAAAAUAAAGCAAAAACAGACGAAAAGUAAAUUGUUACGAAAGGACUUAAAACGAAGCAAAAACCAUUAAAUCACUGUGAUUAAUGCACCUAUCAAUGUUAAGCCCCAGAGGGGGGGGGGGGUCUGGCAUAGGUGGGGCAUUUGAUUUUUUGAGCAAAUUUUCAAUCAAAUGCCCCACUGUCGGGCAAUAAAUAUUGGUCAAAUACUAUAUUAAUAAAAGCCAUCCGGUUCAAAUUGCCCCAACUCGGGGCCAAAAUGCUAAUCAAAAUCCCCAGGGUGGGGAUGCAAUUGAUGAUCAAAUACCCCACAUAUGCCAGACCACACCCACCCACCCCCUUCUGGGGUUUAACAUUGAUAGGUGCAUAAAUGAUGAACUAUAAGUUAUGAACCAUGUUACAAAUUACAAUGCCACAGUAUUAGAAACACGGUUUUUAAAGUUCAUCCCCGUGUGAUGAGAAGCCAUAGUUUAGAAGUUCUAUUCUUGGGUUUCAUAUGACGUCAUAAAUUUGACAGGGGGGGGUCAACUCUAAAUCGAGACACAGUCAUCAGAGUGAAUUAAGUGUUCACUGUAUGUGUUGGCCUUGUGUUUGGUGGCAAAUAUGUGCAAUUUCGUAUCAUUUGCUCAGUACAGCAUAAGCUUCAAUACAUUUUAGGUUGACCCCCCAUCAGAUUCACUGCAAAAUGCCAUAGUAGAACCCCAAUCGCAUUCCCAGAGCCUCUGCGAUCCUUGGAAAGGAACGUGAGGCUCUGGGAUAAUCCAUUUCAGGGAGGAAUCUGAUUGGCCGUUGAUAUAGAAUGCAUAGUUUGGUCUUAGCCAGGAUUCCUGGCUUCCGGCAACGGAUUAUCCCAGAGCCUCACGUUCCUUCCCGAGGAUCGCAGGUUCAGGGAACAAGAUUGAGUAUAACCCAAGAAUUGCUUUCAAAUCAACAUGAAGUGUGAUCAUGUUGAACUUGCAUGCAAUAAAGUACUACCUCGUAUUACUCACUUGCAACAGCAGCCAUGUUCGUGCCACAUUCAAUAAAAGAUUAGAUUAUCUUGUUGAAAUGGCACCAACACAAAUGAUACAGUAUUAUCAUUGCUCAUUAAUAUAAAAUUUCAUUACUUGAAUUAAAGAAAGGACAGUGUCACAGUGUAUAAUUGUCAAAAAUUAGUGUAUAAUAUUUAAUUAUAAAAAACUGUCACAUGAUAUUAAAAACCCCUGUAACUGUUAUGCUUUCAUCAGCACUGUAACAGACUAGUUUGUCCACUGUUACAUUUAUAUGUAAUGUAAACAUAAUUAAUAAAAUAUACAGUUUCUAUUAACUGUGAUUUCUAUUAACAGGCACACAGUCAACAUUCAAGCAAUGUUAUUUAUUAUGAUAUGUUUUCUACUCAAACUCCAAAAAAUUCAGAACAAAUUCAAGUUGGUAAUUUGUGA